ACUUUCAUUCCUGCAAAGACAACAGACGACACAGCUAUUCAAGGCUCAGUAGCUUUUAAUACGCAUUUUAUAAUUCGCAUUUAACUCAGAUUAAUGGAUCAGAUGAAACCUUCUAAAAACAGGAAAUGUGAAGAGAAAACCACAAGUCUGAAAACUCAGGUGGAAUCGCAAAUAUGGAGAAACAGACUGAGACAGACGGUUCGAAAGUAUUACGGAAGUGGAAAGACAACAAUGGAAGCUGGUAAUUCAAAUGAUUUGACGCAUUUCCCCAGCCAAGAGGGAAAUGCUCUAUCAAAGUGUCCAGUUUGUUUCUCCUCACUGAAACUCUGCCAUACUAGUGAAUUGCUUCAGUGUACUCAAUGCCCUACCGCUCCAUUCCUGUGUGGCUCCUGCCUCUACCCAUGCACUACUGAUUCUGCUACCUGUACAAACAACAUGUGCCCACUGGUAUCUACCCUACUAACCUGUGGACUGGUGUCAGACCCAAAGAGUAAGGUGUUUGAAUGCCCUGAGUUCCGAGCCUGUCCCAAGUGUCGCAGUUUAAUUAUUCAUGUAUCUGGGUGUAAGUUUGUGAGGUGCCACUCAUGCAAACACCGCUUCUGUUUCAUCUGCUUACAAGAUGACUGUUGUAAUGAUGUGGAGAAGUACUGGUCACUCACUUGCAAAAAGCCAAGAGCACAAAGACAAAGAUUUAUACUAACAUCCUGAACAUUCUUGGGUUGCAUAUUGUAUUUAUCGCCAGGUCUGUCACUCCAGAAUAAAUUAAUUGAUUGAUUUAAAUCACUAAAGGAAUGUAUUGGCAUUGACGACAACAUUUGAACGGUUUAGGUAUAUAUGUAUAUAUCAAUAAAAUAGAGUUGAGUAUC